AUGGGGCCGCCGCGGCUGACUUUCGGCACCGUGCUCUAUGGCGGCACGACGAUAUCCCUGGCGAUCAUGGCCUGCAUGGGCAUCCCUUGGUCCAACCAGGGUCUGGGCAUGCUCCUCUUCCUCUCCGCGCUGCCCCUCCUGUGGUUGAACGAGCGCCGGGAGGCGCGGAUGAUGCAGCUGCUCCAGAAGGCUAUGCCCGCGCCAUCCCGGUGGACGCCGCGGACGUGGGCCCGGAGCAACGAGGGCUGCCUCGUCUUCACGAGCGGGCCGCUGGGCGCCGGGGAGGGCUCCAGGCCCCUCUCCGCGCCGCGGUGGGGCGCCGUGGCUCCCGAGGGUUCCGUGGGGCUGAAGGUGUUCGUAGAGGCGUUCCAGCCGCCCCAGCGCUGGUCGUGCGGCGGCUGA